GCAGAACUGCUAGCUGCGGGGAGAGGGCGGGGGUCGGCUCCUGUGGCGGAGUCGCGCUGGGACCGGGGCGGGGAGGCUGAGCAGCGGUGGGAGAGGCCGGCGGAGGGUGGGAGCGCGCCUCCUGACAUGUUGGGGGCAUCCCUGGCCGGGCCGGGCCGGGGCUAGGAGCAGCGCUGCGGGCCGGGGCCGGGGGCGGGUCGCGGUCCGCCCCCGCUGUCCCUCCGUCGCGCCCUGCCGAGGACUUGCGUUCCGCACUCGGCUGCCUUCGGAGGGAGCGAGGGAAGCCGCUAGAGGGUCAGGGAGAAGGAGCAUUCGCCGGAGGCUAGAGGAGGCUGAUCCGCGUCCCUGUCCAGCCCGCUCCUAUGCGGUACUUGAAGGAUGGCCAAGAGGUCGCGCAGUGAGGAUGAGGAUGAUGACCUUCAGUAUGCUGAUCAUGAUUAUGAAGUACCACAACAGAAAGGACUGAAGAAACUCUGGAACAGAGUAAAAUGGACAAGGGAUGAGGACGAUAAAUUAAAGAAGUUGGUUGAACAACAUGGAACUGAUGAUUGGACUCUAAUUGCUAGUCAUCUUCAAAAUCGCUCUGAUUUUCAGUGCCAGCAUCGAUGGCAGAAAGUUUUAAAUCCCGAAUUGAUAAAGGGUCCUUGGACUAAAGAAGAAGAUCAGAGGGUUAUUGAAUUAGUUCAGAAAUAUGGACCAAAAAGAUGGUCUUUAAUUGCAAAACAUUUAAAAGGAAGAAUAGGCAAGCAGUGUAGAGAAAGAUGGCAUAAUCAUCUGAAUCCUGAGGUAAAGAAAUCUUCCUGGACAGAAGAGGAGGACAGGAUCAUCUAUGAAGCACAUAAGCGGUUGGGAAAUCGUUGGGCUGAGAUUGCCAAACUCCUUCCAGGAAGGACUGAUAAUUCUAUCAAAAAUCAUUGGAAUUCUACUAUGCGAAGAAAAGUGGAACAAGAGGGCUAUUUACAAGAUGGAAUAAAAUCAGAACGAUCUUCAUCUAAACUUCAACACAAACCUUGUGCAGCUAUGGACCAUUUGCAAACCCAGAAUCAGUUUUACAUACCUGUUCAGAUCCCUGGGUAUCAGUACGUGUCACCUGAAGGCAAUUGUAUAGAACAUGUUCAGACUACUUCUGCCUUUAUUCAGCAACCCUUCAUUGAUGAAGAUCCUGAUAAGGAAAAAAAAAUAAAGGAACUUGAGUUGCUUCUUAUGUCAGCUGAGAAUGAAGUUAGAAGAAAGCGAAUUCCAUCACAGGCUGGAAGUUUUUCUGGCUGGUCUGGAAGUUUCCUCAUGGAUGAUAACAUGUCUAAUACUCUAAAUAGCCUUGAUGAGCACACUAGUGAGUUUUACAGUAUGGAUGAAAAUCAGCCUGUGUCUGCUCAGCAGAAUUCACCCACGAAGUUCCUGGCCGUGGAGGCAAAUGCUGUGUUGUCCUCUUUGCAGACAAUACCAGAAUUUGCAGAGACUCUAGAACUUAUUGAAUCUGAUCCUGUAGCAUGGAGUGAUGUUGCCAGUUUUGAUAUUUCUGAUGCUGCUGCUUCUCCUAUCAAAUCCACCCCAGUUAAAUUCAUGAGAAUUCAGCACAAUGAAGGAGCCGUGGAAUGUCAACUUAAUGUCAGUGUUGUACUUGAAGGGAAAAAAAACAUUUGUAAUGGUGGCAACAGUGAACCUGUUCCUUCCCCACAUAUGGCCAAGUUUAGCACUCCGCCAGCCAUCCUCAGAAAGAAGAGAAGAAUGCGAGUGGGUCAUUCCCCCGGCAGCGAACUUAGGGAUGGCUUACUGAACGAUGGUGGUAAUACAGCGCUAAAACAUACACCACUGAAAACACUACCAUUUUCUCCUUCACAGUUUUUCAACACCUGUCCUGGAAAUGAACAACUUAAUAUAGAAAAUCCUUCAUUUACAUCAACCCCUAUUUGUGGGCAAAAAGUUCUUAUUACAACUCCUCUUCAUAAGGAAACAACUCCCAAAGAUCAAAAGGAAAAUGUAGGGUUUAGAACACCUACUAUUAGAAGAUCUAUAUUGGGUACCACACCAAGAACUCCUACUCCUUUUAAGAAUGCGCUUGCUGCUCAGGAGAAAAAAUAUGGACCUCUUAAAAUUGUGUCCCAGCCACUUGCCUUCUUGGAAGAAGAUAUUCGGGAAGUUUUAAAAGAAGAAACUGGAACAGACAUAUUCCUCAAAGAGGAAGAUGAACCUGCUUACAAAAGCUGCAAACAAGAGAAUACCGCUUCUGGAAAGAAAGUCAGAAAAUCACUAGUCUUAGAUAAUUGGGAAAAAGAAGAAUCAGGCACUCAACUAUUGACUGAAGACAUUUCAGACAUGCAGUCAGAAAAUAUAUUUACUACAUCUUUAUUAAUGAUACCAUUAUUGGAAAUACAUGACAAUAGGUGCAACUUGACUCCUGAAAAACAAGAUAUAAAUUCAACCAACAAAACAUACACACUUACUAUAAAGAAACCAAACCCUAACACUUCCAAAGUUGUCAAAUUGGAAAAGAAUCUUCAGUCAAAUUGUGAAUGGGAAACAGUGGUUUAUGGGAAGACAGAAGACCAACUUAUUAUGACUGAACAAGCAAGAAGAUAUCUGAGUACUUACACAGCUACCAGCAGUACUUCAAGAGCUCUCAUACUGUAAUUGUUAUUAAAACUGAUGAAAUGCCCCACUUCCUUACUGCAUUCUCUACUAAAUUAGGUUGCAGUGAAAUUUUUCUCAAUUAAUUGUUUUUAAAGUUGUAAUAUAGUCCUUUUAAUACAGGAUCUUUUUUCUAUAUAGAGCAGGCAGAAAGCUAGUAAGUCACAAUUUAAUAGUUUAUGUUUUAAGGUAUGAGAUUUUUAAAAAUUGUUUUUAAAGAACAAGAUGGGAAAAUAAUAGAAUGUUCAUGGAUAUUCUAAAAGUAAAUUCUCAUAUAUUUUCUUCACAAGGUAUAUAUUGCUAUUCUCUUGAUGCUGCAGUUUUGUUAUAGAUAGGGGUAUGAGUACAUAUGAUUUCUGAAAUUAGUCUAUGUAUGGAAAGCACACAUGAUUUUAUGAAGUACUUUUACCCGCGUGCUGAUUUACUUAGGCUUCCAUUUACAAAGAAACACAUUGAAAAGGAAUUUAAAGGAAGGAUAGAAAGUUGCACUACUAAUUUUUUGUUUUUUAUUUUCAGAAACAAUAAAAUUAACUACAGUGUUAAAUGUAUUUAUUUGAGCAUAGUACUAAAAACAAAAAGCAUUCAAAAAGAGUUUUUCCUUUAUUAGUAAAUAGUAUUUUCUUAAUCUCAGAAGAGCUGAGUUUUGUUGAAUGUAUUGUACAGUAUGUAGGAGCAGGAGAACUUUGUAAAUUGGAAAGAAGUCUGUUUUUAUAAUUUAUUUUAUUUUUAAAGCUUAAAUGUAGAUAUUUAUACAUAUGCAGGGUGCCUAGAAGCCAGUGUUGUUUCUUGUUAUUACAGCUAACACAGUAAAGAAUAAUUUUGGCUUUUAAGUAUGAAGCAGUAGUAAGUUAUAGCUGUAAAGAAUACAAUAUCUAUACUGUAUGUCACAUCUACCUAAAUAUUGCACUAUGCCCUUUAAAUCAUGUUGGUUAUAAAGUAGUUCUAAAAAUGUACUAAAUAAUAAUUUAAUAUUUUCUUUUUAAAUUAUAUCGAGGGUGGUCAUAUACAUUAAUCUGGUGAUUUGUAUAUGUGUUUGAAAUUUUUGCAUUUUGUUUAAAAAUUUAUAUGGUACCUUGGUCCCUAAAAACAAUCUGCACUUAGAAGUUUAUAUUUACUCAGUGUUUCAGAAGUGGAGAACAUUAUCUUUUAUUUAAAAAAAUAUUUUGUCCUUUUAAAAAAUGUUUUGUGUUUCUCUAUAGGUUACAACAGUUGCUUCAGUUGCCUGUUUUAGGUGUUUGCACUUAUUUUAUUUCUUCUUGAAAGAAUUUUUAUUUGCUUUUGUGGUAGAGAUUAUAUGUAAUUUUUUUUCAGUUAUAUAAUGGUGUGCUGUCAACUUAAACACUGACAGGUAAAUAGAAUUGUACACUGUAGUCUGAAUUAUUUAUAAUUGACACACUCUCUCCCUCUCCACUCCUGAAGUAUGCUGCUAUAGAAAAUAGCAGAAUCGGCUUGCUGCUAUGAGAGAAGGAAAGAGCGACCACCACUUGCACUGUGUGAAAAGAUAAAGAAAUGAUGGCAAGUUCUCAAGUUAACUAAAUGGAAUCAACCAUUACCAGACAAAUUCUUACAAAUACCAAAAUAACUACUAUGCCUUAAAAAACAAAAUGAAAGCAGGUUAAGAUUUUCUGCUCUGUUUGUAUGUUAAUAGAAAUGGAAAUACUAAGUAUUUUAAUGCCUAGCUCUUGAACAGUAGACCUAAAAGGAUUUUAAGCUAUUUAAAUCUACUUGCUAGUUUUUGCAUAUUUUAUAUAUUUAUAUACAUAUAGUGAGAAGUGAAGAAAAUGUAUGGUACUAAGAUUAUGACUUGUUGAUAACAAAUAGUUAAACCAAUUUGAAUCCUCUUAGGAUGUUUAAGUAUGUUGAUUGCUUUCUAAUUAAUGAACUUCUCACAGAAAUUUUACUUAGUGAAACCAAUGAUUGUAGCAAACUCAUACUGGAUCAUUUCAGUUACCUUGAACUAAUAGCACAUAAUGGUUUGUUGUUGUUGUUGUUUUCCCUUACCUGGAUGUACAUAGUCUGCAAUCACCAAAAUAUAAUAUCUUGGAAGAGCUAUACUUUUUAAAGCAUAUUUUUUCUUGAGCAUUAAAUUAUCCUAAAUGGUAAUAUAUUGUGGAUAAGUCUGGCCUUAUUGGACAUAAUGCAUACGUGGGUCGGUAUUGGUUGAAUCCUUCAGUUAACUGCUUUGUUGCUUUUUGCAAGAUUUUUAAUCUUAAACAUGUCAGACAUCUUAAGUCACCUUUAUACUGUUUUGUUCCUCUGAAUUUCUUUCAGUAUGUUAUACAAAUGCCAGACAUACAUGUAGCAGCCAUACUUGCAUGGAAACUGACUAUACAUAUAUAAUACUGCAUUUUAUUGUAAGGUUUUCACAUUAAUACAGCAAUUACCGUGACUAAAUUGAGUUUUGUGAUGUAAGGAAAACUCCAUUGUAAGAGAAUCUUGCAUACAAUGUCGACAUAUUAACAUCCAGAAUAAAGCAUCUGUGUACAAGCUGA